ACUUCUUUCAGCACCGCGGCGCGGACAGCUCCGGGGCGGGAGAAGAGGGAGUGAGUUACGGCCGCGGUCGGUCCGGGAGGGCUGUGCAGGGCAGGGGAGGGUAGACGCAGGCGGGCAGGCAGGGCACGGAGCCCCGCGACCCUCCCCGGAGGAGGCACCCACCCGGAACCGGACGCCGCUGAGCCCGAAGACAGACGGAGACGCAGGGAGCCGGGGCACUGGUGGCUCCGGGGAGAGGCCGCGGCCAAAAGAUGCCUGUCCGCAGGGGCCACGUCGCGCCCCAAAACACGUACCUGGACACCAUCAUCCGCAAGUUCGAGGGCCAGAGUCGGAAGUUCCUGAUCGCCAAUGCUCAGAUGGAGAACUGUGCCAUCAUUUACUGCAACGACGGCUUCUGUGAACUCUUCGGCUACUCCCGAGUGGAGGUGAUGCAGCGACCGUGCACCUGUGACUUCCUCACAGGCCCCAAUACCCCACGCAGUGCCAUGUCCCGUCUAGCGCAGGCCCUACUGGGGACAGAGGAGUGCAAGGUGGACAUCCUCUACUACCGCAAAGAUGCCUCCAGCUUCCGAUGCCUGGUGGACGUGGUACCUGUGAAGAACGAGGAUGGAGCCGUUAUCAUGUUCAUCCUCAACUUCGAGGAUCUGGCCCAGCUCCUGGCCAAGAGCGAGCGCCGCAGCCUGUCCCAGUGCCUGCUGUCCCAGAGCUUCCUGGGCUCCGAGGGCUCUCAUGGCAGGCCAGGUGCACAGGGUCCUGGCACAGGCAGGGUCAAGUACAGGACCAUCAGCCAGAUCCCGCAGUUCACACUCAACUUUGUGGAGUUCAACCUGGAGAAGCACCGCUCGGGCUCCACGACAGAGAUUGAGAUCAUCGCACCACACAAGGUGGUGGAGCGGACCCAGAACGUCACCGAGAAGGUCACCCAGGUUCUGUCCCUGGGCGCGGACGUGCUGCCGGAGUACAAGCUGCAGGCGCCACGCAUCCACCGUGGGACCCUCCUGCACUAUAGCCCCUUCAAGGCCGUGUGGGACUGGCUCAUCCUGCUGCUGGUCAUCUACACAGCCAUCUUCACGCCCUACUCGGCCGCUUUCCUGCUCAGCGACCAGGAUGAAUCUCAACGCAUGGACUGCGGCUACACCUGCAGUCCACUCACUGUGGUGGACCUCAUCGUAGACAUCAUGUUCGUUGUGGACAUUGUCAUCAACUUCCGCACCACCUACGUCAACACCAAUGACGAGGUGGUCAGUCACCCUCGCCGCAUUGCCAUCCACUACUUCAAGGGCUGGUUCCUCAUUGACAUGGUGGCUGCCAUCCCAUUUGACCUUCUCAUCUUCCGCACCGGCUCUGAUGAGACCACAACCCUGAUCGGGCUGCUGAAAACGGCAAGGUUGCUGCGGCUGGUGCGUGUGGCACGGAAGCUGGACCGCUACUCUGAGUAUGGAGCGGCCGUGCUUUUCCUGCUCAUGUGCACCUUCGCACUCAUUGCACACUGGCUGGCCUGCAUCUGGUAUGCCAUCGGCAACGUGGAGCGGCCCUACCUGGAGCCCAAGAUCGGCUGGCUGGACAGCCUGGGUGCCCAGCUUGGCAAGCGCUACAACGGCAGCGACCCGGCCUCUGGCCCCUCAGUGCAGGACAAGUAUGUUACGGCCCUGUACUUCACCUUCAGCAGCCUUACCAGCGUGGGCUUCGGCAAUGUCUCCCCCAACACCAACUCUGAGAAGGUCUUCUCUAUCUGCGUCAUGCUCAUCGGCUCCCUCAUGUACGCCAGCAUCUUUGGCAACGUGUCUGCCAUCAUCCAGCGUCUGUACUCCGGCACUGCCCGCUACCACACGCAGAUGCUGAGAGUCAAGGAGUUCAUCCGCUUCCACCAGAUCCCCAACCCGCUGCGGCAGCGCCUGGAAGAGUACUUCCAGCACGCCUGGUCCUACACCAACGGCAUUGACAUGAACGCGGUGCUGAAGGGCUUCCCCGAGUGCCUGCAGGCCGACAUCUGCCUGCACCUGCACCGCGCGCUGCUGCAGCACUGCCCAGCCUUCCGCGGCGCCAGCAAGGGCUGCCUGCGCGCGCUGGCGGUCAAGUUCAAGACCACGCACGCACCGCCUGGGGACACGCUGGUGCACCUCGGCGAUGUGCUCUCCACGCUCUACUUCAUCUCCCGAGGUUCCAUCGAGAUCUUGCGUGACGACGUGGUCGUGGCCAUCCUAGGAAAGAACGACAUCUUUGGGGAGCCCAUUAGCCUUCACGCCCGGCCUGGCAAGUCCAGUGCAGAUGUGCGGGCCCUGACCUACUGUGACCUGCACAAGAUCCAGCGGGCAGACCUGCUGGAGGUGCUGGACAUGUACCCUGCGUUUGCAGACAGCUUCUGGAGUAAGCUGGAAGUCACCUUCAACCUGCGGGACGCAGGCGGGGGUCUCCAGUCAUCACCCCAACCAGCUCCAGGCAGCCAGGACCGCCAAGGCUUCUUCCUCAGUGACAACCAGUCAGCUGCAGCCCCUUCUCUGAGCAUCUCAGAUGCAUCUGGCCUCUGGCCUGAGUUGCUGCAUCAAAUGCCCCCAAGGCCAAGGGACAGCCCCCCAAACCCUCAGGGAGACCCAGACUGCUGGCCUCGGGAGCUAGGCUCCAGGCUGGAGCAGCUUCAGGCCCAGAUGAACAGGUUGGAGUCCCGCAUGUCCUCAGACCUCAGCCGCAUCCUACAGCUCCUUCAGCAGCCCCUGCCCCAGGGCCACACUGGCUACAUUCUAGGAGCCCCUACCUCCAAUGACUUGGCCUUGUUUCCUGUGGCCUCAGCCACUCAGAGUCCAGGAACUAGGCUGCCCCAGGGUGGUCUGCCCCCUGCACAGGUCCCAGGCUGUGGUGACUUGAACAAGUGUAGGCUGAAGCGAAAGAACUCCUCCUCCGGGGUGCCUCCCCUGGUCAUGGCAACAGACAAAAUUCUCACACUGUCCCUGGAACAGGAACAGCCUGAGGGGCUUCUGUCACCCCUAGCCUCACCUCUGCAUCCCCUGGAGGUACAGGGACUCAUCUGUGGUCCCCGUUUUCCCUCCCUUCCUGAACGCCUUGGCCCCGUCCCUAAGCAGCUGGAGUUUCAGAGACAUGGCUCAGAUCCUGGGUUGGCCAGGAGUUAGAGCCACUGAACCCCAAGAUAGAGAUAAUAUGAGGGGAUUGAAGGUGGGUGAAAGUUAAGGAUUUAGGGGAGGCAGACAGCUGCCAAAUUGGCCUCUGAAAACCAUUCAUUCUUCUAGUAUAGCUACAAACUGCCAACCCAGGUGACCCACGAUGGCAUGGGUGAAGAUGGUCAGGACCUUCCCAGACUCCUCCAGGGCCCUAUUUAGAUGGUAGGCCUCGUGGAGGGUGGGUGAGGCUCAGGGGUGGAGGUAGCUUACAGGACAGAGAGGUCGGUGAAAAAAGAAUUUUCUGAUCUGUGUGAGAAACUUACUCCUUACGGCUCAGAACUAUACACCGCUUCACGGACCAGGACCCAAGGUUAGUGAGACCUCCUGCCAAGAGCCUGUAAACCGACUGGAGAUGAAAGUGUCCUCUGUAGUGGACACAUCAGAGCGCAGAGUUCCAGCCCCCAGCCGCUCUGCCCCUCAUGGUUCUAUGAUGACCUUUGGGACUCUAGCGGGCAGUGGAAUGUCUCACAGCUAAUAAAGUCUGCACAUUUCA